AUGCCCGAGCCAGGCCCCAGGAUGAACGGCUUCUCGCUGGGCGAGCUGUGCUGGCUCUUCUGCUGCCCGCCCUGCCCGAGCCGCAUCGCCGCCAAGCUGGCCUUCCUGCCGCCCGAGCCCACCUACACGGUGCUGGCGCCCGAGCAGCGUGGCCCGGGCGCGCCCGCCGCCGCGGCCCCGGCGCCGGCGCCGGCCCCCGCCGCCAACGCCGCCAACGCCGCCGCGGCCCCCGGCGCGGCCCAGCCUCCGGCGGCGGCCGAGGAGGGCCCGGGCGCGGCGGCGGCGGCGGCGGCGGGCGCGUGCAGCCUGCACCUGAGCGAGCGCGCCGACUGGCAGUACUCGCAGCGCGAGCUGGACGCCGUCGAAGUCUUCUUCUCGCGCACGGCCCGCGACAACCGGCUGGGCUGCAUGUUCGUGCGCUGCGCGCCCUCCAGCCGCUACACGCUGCUCUUCUCGCACGGCAACGCCGUGGACCUGGGCCAGAUGUGCAGCUUCUACAUCGGCCUCGGCUCGCGCAUCAACUGCAACAUCUUCUCCUACGACUACUCGGGCUACGGCGUGAGCUCGGGCAAGCCCUCCGAGAAGAAUCUCUACGCGGACAUCGACGCCGCGUGGCAGGCGCUGCGCACCCGCUACGGCGUCAGUCCCGAGAACAUUAUCCUGUACGGGCAGAGCAUCGGGACCGUGCCCACCGUGGACCUGGCCUCGCGGUACGAGUGCGCAGCCGUCAUCCUGCACUCCCCUCUGAUGUCCGGUCUGCGCGUGGCGUUCCCCGACACCAGGAAGACGUACUGCUUCGAUGCCUUCCCCAGCAUCGACAAGAUCUCCAAAGUCACGUCUCCCGUGCUGGUCAUCCACGGGACGGAGGAUGAGGUCAUCGACUUCUCCCACGGCCUGGCCAUGUACGAGCGCUGUCCCCGGGCCGUGGAGCCCCUCUGGGUGGAAGGGGCCGGGCACAAUGACAUCGAACUCUACGCACAGUACCUGGAGAGACUGAAACAGUUCAUCUCCCACGAACUUCCCAACUCCUGAAGACCAUGCCUCGCCGUUCCCUCCCCGGCUGUGCAGCCCUCGGUGUUGCCCCUGCUUCUACCGCCGCAGUGGCUCGUGGAGAAGGAGGAAGUGCCCAGCCUUCCGGGUGCGCUCGGCAAAGAGCUGGGGGGGGAUCCCAGCCGGCUCUGCCAGUCCCCACCACAGGUGACAUUGCCCCGGUCCCGGUCCCCUUGCAGGCGGAGGAACGAGCGCUGAGCGUGGGACUGUCCAGUGUGGGGGCGGAGUCUGUUCAUGCACCUGUUCCUCCCGCUCCCCCGCCAAGCCCGUCUCCGCCAUCGCUGCCAGCAUUUCACACUCAGCUCUCCUGUUCUCAGCCGCUGGAUUCGUGGGUUCCGUCCGCCUCGUGCCGCGGUGGCGGUGCCACUGGGGAACGACCCGUGGUGACAACCCCUUCCUGCAUUUCGGUUCCCACGCGCGUCUUUUCCCCAGAAACAAACUCUGCGGAGAGUGACUUCCCACAGCUCUCCCGAGCAGCCUCAUCAACUGUAACCGUACAAAUCGAACUGGAACAUUCUUACACACUGAGACACUGGGGUUUUGUGUUUCUGUUUUUUUUUUUUUUUUUUAAUGUAAAUUUCUUACCAGCCAACAGAGUUUUACUAUUUUGAGUGUCUGGUUGGUCUAACCAAGAGCCUCGGGGCCUUUGCUACCCUGACGUCCUCCCAGGAGGCUUUUUAACAAGUACUGUACAUACCUGCAGUGACAUUGUGCAUAGAUUCCCAAGGGGGGGUUUCCUUCUGCCAGGCUGCUCCAAUGAACAGCAGAUCUCCUUGUUUGUAAUGUAAAUGAUUGAAUACCUUUUGUUAAUAUGUUUUUAUUCCUAUGUUUUGCUAUUAAGGAAAAAAAAAAAAAACAAUUUUAUAACAUUUCGAAGACGAAACUUCCAAGUUUAUGCUUUGAAGAAUUUAUGUGAUUAAAAUUCCGCUGAACUACUCUUUUUAGUUGAGGAGCUCAUUUGGGUUUUGACACUGGAGCUGGGCCAGGCAUCAGAAACGUGCGAUGCUCAGAAUCGCUACACUGCUUGUAUCAGUUGGGGGUGUGGGUUUGGGGGAUUUGGGUUUGAUUUCUCUCUCCUUUUUUUUUUCCCCCCUCAAAUUUAAAAGCCUUAAAUGUACUGUAAGCCUCGGAUCGUUGUACAACUGGAUUGCGGUUGAUGGCCGGUUUGUGUACUGUUGCUUGGAUGGGAUACAGUGGUUGGUAACAGAAUAAAGGAUGCAUGGAUCAG